AUGGCGUAUGUAGAUGAAAUAAUUGACUAUAUUAAGUCCCUAAAAAAAGGUUUCGAUAAAGAUUUAUUUCAGUCUAAAGUAGACGAAUUAGCCUAUGCUGUUGAUACAACGGGUUUGGAUUAUGAUGAUUUUCACACUCUGUUUAAAGUUUGGUUGAAUCUAUCGAUACCUAUAAACAAAUGGAUCAGUUUGGGCACCUGUAUGGUUCCUCCAGAGAAAGUUGAAGAGAAAACUGUGGAGUAUUCAUUUCGUUGGAUUCUUGCAAACUAUGAGGACCAAACAAGUUUCUCUAGAAUAUGUUUCUUGCUCGACUGGCUUACUGCUGCAAUGGACUGUGAUUGUAUUGACAGAACCUCACUUGAUUCUGGCUAUGAGAUAUUUUAUGUGAUGCUGUCAUUUGAAGUACUUACUGCUCAUGCAAUGAAACUUGUUUACACGCUGACCAAACCAAGAGAUGUGACCCGCAGAAGAGUACUUGAACUUUUUGAUUAUGCAAAGAAAAGGGAAGCUAAAAAAAAGUUACAUAGUCAACUUUUAGUAUUACUUGGUCUAUUCAAGUCAUACAAACCUGAGUGUGUGCCUGAGAAUGUUCCUGCAAUAUCUGUACAUACUGCUUUCAAAAAGAUUAAUGCAGCAUUAGUAGCUAGAUUCAAGAGAAUCCAGGAAAGUAGAAACAGAUCAAGCAAGGACAGACACCAUUUAAUGUGGAUAAACCCAGUGAACUCAGAGAGAACAAACAAAAAAUUACCACCUCUUGUACCCAACAUGGAGUUCCUGAAUAUUGGCUCUAAACAGUAUGCUGAAAAAGAAUCAAUGAAAACAUAUCUUGAUUUUUCUGAUCCAGUAUCCCUCCUACAAUACAGUUUACAUCAUACAAUGUCUCGUCCGACGCGUCUUCGAGCGCUCUUAUGUAAUGAGAGCGGUCUGACAUUACUAGCUGUUGCAUCUGACGUUGAACAUACAUUACUGUCACAUGAUCUGCAUCACCUGCUUACGAGCUGUUUCUUGGAUGGGUCGCCGCACAGUUAUAUUGAAAAACAAGAUUUGCUACAUAGAUUGGUGUUACUGCAACGCACUCUGAUGCAGGGUCUGCCCAUCAUCACUAGGUUCCUAGCACAGUUCUUACCCCACUGGAACGAGAAGGAUUAUUUUUGUGAGAUAUUGGAACUUGUGGAAUGGAUACAUGUGGACAGUCCAGAUCAGAUACAAUGCAUCAUGCAGCCACUCAUACAGAUAUAUCACCGUUCUGAACCGCUAGAGCAAUGUGCUAUUCUCCAAAGCUUGACUAAAAUGUAUACAAAUCUGGUAUAUUCAAGUAAAAGAACUCGUCGAUACUUUAUGAGUAUGAAAUCUGUCGACGUGGACUACACAGUGUUAUUGCAUACAAUCGCCACGAAUAUCAGUGAAAUGUGUAAUACGGCGUUACAAAUUAAUCCAGAGGAUAUGCGGGUGGCAUUCAGCGGUGCGUCGAGUGCGGAGCGCAUGUCCGGUGCGGAGGUGCGGUGCGGCGCGCGCAUCGGUGCGGUGCCGCGGCUGCUGCCGCUCGCCGGGUGGCUGCUCGCGCCCGCCGCCUGCCUCGUGGACAAGGCCGCCGCGCUGAUGAUCACAUACAAGAGAAUAUUCACCAAUCUGAAGGCUACGAACAGAAUGGAGAAAGACGAAGUCCACAUGGAGCAGAUCAACAUACUCAAGAAUUAUACUUGCGAUCUGAUAAGCUGCCUCUACGGUGAAGAGGCUCUUAGGAAUCGCAAGAACGGCCUAGUAUUCGAGAAACUUCACCCACAGUUAGUUGGGAAAUUGUAUUCUAUUAUGCCAGAUAUAGAUUCCAAAUUGAGUAUACGAAAUCACAUAGCGUUUGCUCCAUACACUUACAUGAACCUUGAAGAUAAUAUGGAUCAUACGGAUGCAGAUAACAAGUUAUGGUUCGAUACAGUGAUUGCUGAAGCCUUUCCAAAUCUCGGUAACUUCUUGAUGAAGGUUGUGCCUGAAUUAAAAUAA